AUGCUCACAAACAUCCUCGUCCUCGCGGUGCUCCUGCCCGCGGCGGCCCUCGCCCAAGUCGUGGGCAGCGCAACCGGUUUCGCAAAGGGCGUGACUGGAGGUGGAACUGCUACCCCCGUCUACCCAACCACCAUUGCGGAGCUCAAGAGCUACUUGACCGACUCUUCCGCUCGUGUCAUCAUGCUGAACAAGGAGUUCAACUUUAUCGGCUCUGAGGGAACGGUUACUGAGAGUGGCUGCCGUCCAUCCAGUAACACCUGCCCCAACGCCGGUGGCCAGGACGCCAUCAAUGGUGCGAGUUGGUGCACUAGUGGUGGAUACCCGACUGUCUCGGUCACCUACGAUGUGGCCGGUACCGGGUACAUUGAUGUCAAGAGCAACAAGUCUAUUGUCGGAGUCGGCAGUGCCGGUGUCAUCCGUGGAAAGGGUCUCAGAAUCGCCAACGGCGUGACCAACGUCAUUAUCCAGAACGUCCACAUCACUGAACUCAACCCCCAAUACAUCUGGGGAGGUGAUGCCAUCACCCUCGCCGGCAGCGACAUGGUCUGGAUUGACCACUGCAAGUUCUCGCUCAUUGGGCGCCAAAUGAUCGUGACCGGAUACUCCGCCGCCGGCCGCGUCACAAUCUCAAACAACGAGUUCAACGGUGUCACUAGCUGGUCCGCCACCUGCAACGGCGACCACUACUGGACCAUGCUCUUCCUCGGGUCCAGCGAUCUCAUCACCCUCGUCGGAAACUCCAUCCACGACUGCUCUGGACGUGCCCCUAAGGUCGGAGGUGCCUCUACCGCAAACGUUGUUCUCCACGCCGUCAACAACUACUUCGCCUACAUUGGCGGUCACGCAUUUGACGUCGCUACCGGUGGUAACGUCCUCAUCGAGGGUAACGCCUUCGUCUCCGUCACCACCCCCAUCACGACCGCAUCUUCCUCCGCCGGUGGUCAGAUCUUCAACGUCCCCUCAAGCUCGUACACCUCCACCUGUUCGACAUACCUCAGCCGCAGCUGUGUCGUCAACAGUGUCAGCAGCUCAGGAACUUUCUCGAGCUACACCACCACCGGCUUCUUGGCGAACUUCUCGGGCAAGAACAUCCAGGCGGCGACGGCGGCGAGCGUGGUUAUCGCGAACGUUAAUGCGAAUGCGGGUGUUGGGAAGAUUGGAAACUAA